ACCGCGAUCCACUUCAGUCGCGUUGGUGGCUUUAUGUGAUUUGACGUAUUCCGUGCGCGGUGAUGACACUUGUGAGGUUAAUUUAUGAAAUGUCAAACGUUUUAGAUGUAAUUCGUGAGUGUAAUUAACUGCAAACGAAUGCAAGUGAAAUAUAUAUUGAUGCAGUGAAUCAUUAAGUGAUAUGGACUGUUAUUAUUCAAGAUUUUAUUCAAGGCGUAAGUGACAAAUGGAAAGUUUAACACGGUGAUCGAUACACUCAUGAUGCACCCAGCAGGAUACUACGCUAACCUUGCGAGCGGCGCGCUCGCGGCCGGCACCAUUGCUUCCCCGUGGAGUGCGGCGGCCGGCGCGCCCGAUACCAAUGGCUCGGGCGGCGCUGACGCCAAGCACCUCGACGUUGGAGAUGCCAGUGACGAUGAAAAGGAUAUGUCAGCGGCAGAUGCGGAGGGAGUAUGGAGUCCAGAUAUCGAGCAGAGCUUCCAAGAGGCACUGGCGAUAUACCCACCUUGUGGAAGACGGAAGAUCAUUCUAUCGGACGAGGGCAAGAUGUACGGAAGAAACGAACUUAUAGCAAGAUAUAUAAAAUUAAGAACAGGGAAAACGCGAACAAGAAAACAAGUAUCAUCACACAUACAGGUUUUAGCUAGGCGGAAACUCCGAGAGAUACAAGCCAAGCUCAAAGUGGACGGUGGUGUGAUGAAAGAAAAGGCGAUGCAGUCAAUGAGCACACUAUCUAGCGCUCAAAUAGUGGCGGGUUUGCCACACCCGGCGUACCAUCACACGCAAUUCUGGCAACCCGGUCUACAAGCUGGCACGUCACAAGAUGUAAAACCUUUCCCCGGUGCGGGUUACAAAGGCGUCCCGGGCGUGGGCGGCGUAGUCCCGGGCGGGACGGAUGUGGCUCCCCCUCCGCCCUGGGAAGGACGAGCUAUAGCCACGCACAAACUGCGCCUAGUAGAGUUCUCAGCCUUUGUAGAACACCCUAGAGAUCCUGAUACGUAUCCCCCGAGCACGGCGCCGGCGCAGCAUCUCUUUGUACAUAUAGGUGGUACUGUCACGUAUGCGGAUCCCUUAUUAGAGUCGGUAGACGUUCAACAAAUUAACGAUAAAUUCCCGGAGAAAAAGGGCGGUUUAAAGGAAUUGUACGAGAAAGGUCCCCGUAAUGCGUUCUUCCUCGUCAAGUUCUGGGCGGAUCUCAAUACAAACAAUCUCGACGAUCCUGCCGCAUUCUAUGGCGUCACUAGUGUUUACGAGAGCAACGAAAACAUGACGAUAACGUGCAGUACCAAAGUGUGUUCGUUUGGUAAACAAGUUGUUGAGAAAGUGGAGACUGAAUACGCCCGGUUCGAGGGCGGAAGAUUCGUUUAUCGCAUACACCGAUCGCCCAUGUGCGAAUAUAUGGUUAACUUCAUACACAAACUGAAACAUUUACCCGAGAAAUAUAUGAUGAACAGCGUCUUGGAGAACUUUACAAUACUACAGGUGGUUUCAAACCGAGAUACUCAAGAGACAUUACUUUGUGCCGCGUUCGUCUUCGAAGUGUCGAACAGCGAACACGGUGCGCAACACCAUAUAUACAGGCUGGUCAAAGACUGAACUUACCUUUUUAUGAGUCAUAGACAACAAAAUUUAAUUUAAAACUCGCUAAGAUAAUUUGUAGAGAACUUGUCAAUGUAAAAUACUUUUUGUAUGAAAAGAGUUUGAGAUUUUAAUUCACUCAAUUUUUUUACUUAAUCUUUUGUUAUCUGAUUCUCACUUUUUUAUUGAAAUAUCUUGCCUGAUGCGUUAUUUAAAUGUUGCUAUUUUAUAUUGUUAAUCCUACUUUAUUGGACGGGUUCGAUUUUGUCUGGCAUAUUCAUGAUUUUUUUUUCAAACCUUUUGUUUCAUUAUUUUUAACGCAUUACCUUUGUUACGUCUAUUUGGCAAUUUAAAUCGUUGCCGUCAAGUGCAAUAGAAUGACAGUUGACAAUUACCCUGCAAAUGUCAAAAGAUACUCAUUUGUUUUUUUGUCGUCAUUGUUUUAAGAACUAAUAUAAAAAUAUUUUUGUAUAAUGAUAUGAAAAUUAUUGUCUAUUCUCGAGCGACAGCCUUCUAUUAUCUAUGGGACUUAAGUGUAAAGUGUAAUGGCUAGAGAAACUUUCGGAGUUGGGCUAAAUGGAAGAACGUGUCUAGAAGUGUUUGUGAAUAAUUGAAAUACACACAGUGCCUCUAAUAAUUAUGUUACAUUAACAUAAAUUUGAGCGUUUUUAAUUUUUUCACUAUUCCCAAGUUUAGUGAAAAUUUUAAAACAUAGUGUAGGACAUAAUAGCGGUUAAGUGUAGCUUAAGAAAGUCUAUUCACCAAGGGUGCAGUUUUAUUUGCUAUCUGUACAGCUUUAUAUUUCCGAGAGGAAUUUUUAUGCAGUUUGAACACUGUUGAGAGUUUUAUACACAAAGUAUCAAUUAUAAUUGAAAACUUCGAAUUUGAAAAUCUUUCCUUUUUCUUGACGUAUCAGUCACAAGCUUGUUUUGAGCGAUAUCAAAAAUAUCUAUAAUAUAAAUGUUCUAUGACAAAUCUUUAAACUAGAUUUCAGUUUGAUUUACGUUAGAAAACUUGUCAUUGUAUAUAGACCAAUUCAUUUUUAAUAUCUUCAAAUAUUUCUUUACUGGUCACUCUCGGCGAUAAGUAAAUUGUCUAAAAAAUAUAUUAAUAAUUGAUACUUUGAGUUAUGGCGGUUGUACACACUCGCGCACGGUCGUGACGUCUCAACGAAUGUGGAUAGCUCCAUUUUAUUUCACUUAUUUUGCCACAACAGUUUGCGUUAUGUAAAUAUUAAAUGUUCAAAUGUAUUAUACGAAUAAGUAUGUUUGAAAGUGUACAGUAAAUAUGUAUUUUCUUAAUAUCUCAUUUCGUGUGACAAUAAUCAUCGGAGAACUGCGUGAUUUUUUUAUUGGCAGCUUCAUACCUUUAAGCACAAGGUACUUCUUUCAAUUACUCAAAUUUAAUAUUUUUUUAUGAUAUUUAUUAUCUGUGUGACGCGUGUUGUCUUCUCUGUGGCUAAUGUAGGCGUUUUGGCGCGUCUAUUUACCGUUCUGUCAUACUGAGGGAAAUUUUGUAUGACAAUUGACUUACUUGGGAUGUCACAAGUAACGUUUAACAUAUGUCAAAACUGUAAGGCUCGACACACAGAUAUACUUGACAGAUAUCAUAAAUAUCUAAUGUCAAAAUGGCCGAGAAGGGGUUUUCAAUCUAGAAACCGAGAUACUUUUUGAAACUUUACCAUUGUGGUAUAAUACUCAGUAUCCAAUUGGCGGUUUAAAUAUAACUUUCAUUGUACGCUGUGCAAUCUGUCAAAUGUCAUUUACCCAUGAAUAUAUAGUACGAGAUACAUAUUAAUGAUAAAUUAUUAAAAAAAACAUAGCGGCUUAGUGCAAUCAAAAUUUUCUCCUUAUUUACGUCCGAAGUACAAGCACGACGUAGCCCUCUCCAUAACGUGGCAAUGAUUUGAUCUCUGUUUUAGUCAAAUGUAGCGUCGUAAACGCUCUUAAUUUUAACAACGGUUACUGUGCAUUAAAUAUAUGACAAUAAUUCUGACUAGACAAGUUGUUGUUGAAAAUAUUACAACUGAAAAGUCAUCCCAAUAGUUGAAAAUGAAAAAGCUUGUCUAUAAGAAUAUAUGGUCAUAUAUAGAUUAAGUUCGACACGCGAUAGUAAAUUAUAUAAAAUAAGAGAUUUUUGUAUUUAUUACAUAGAUUUAUAUUAGGUAAUUUGUAAAGUUAGAUAAGCACGGAGUUUUUCUAAUAUGGCGAUGGUCGUACGGAAAGUAAGUUAGUACUUAAGUGUAACUUAAUUUUUCAUUUGCUUCGACUUGUCAAUUUUUUCGGCGAGAGAUCUGUAAUGUUGUGAUUUAUUAUGUACUCAAAUGAGAUUGUCUCUUGCUUUUAGUUUAUGGCGUUUAGAUUAAUUGUAAAUAUAAAUUAGUGCAUUUUUAGUUAGUCUAAGUUUUUUUUUUGCUUCUGAAAGUCUUUCAUAUCGACAAUCCGCCAUAUCAAUACGAAAAUUUUAUAGUCGGUACGUUUUGUGGUUGGUCAUUUGUAAUAGAUUUUAUCGUAGAAGAAUUUUAGACGAUUGUUCUUCGAGUCCCUCCUCAAAUGAUCACCGGAAACUAUCAGACAUGUGUACAGUAUUUUAAAGUUACGUUAAAGAUUUGUAUGAAAAUUUAAUUAUAUUGUCUUCUUAAAAUUACGUGUAUUAU